CUGAGGCCAACCUCGGCAUCUCUGUCUGUUGGUGUCCUGCAAAGUUCAGCCUUGUCUUCGGGUUGAAGAGGUGGCAGCUCUUGUUCGUGUUCUCUGGGCCGGGUGGAUGCUGAGUAACUCUCUAGGUCCUUCUUUGUUUUCUCAUCUGAAAAAAAGAGAUGGGGUCUUGAAGCAUUUUCUUUUUCUGUGGGACUCUCAGCUAAAAAACCAAGAGAUCUCGAGCUCUGUGUCAAGGAAAUAGGAGGGAUUCUCGCAAGUCGAUAGAGAGUUGCUUCUGUUCCUCGGGUAGCUGUUAUUUAAGACCAGGCAACGUGGUGCCUCACGGGCCACGUUCAGGUUGUGCAGCAGCAAGUAGCACCUGAGCGGUGUGAACACUAUAGCACCAGUUCCCUGCCUUUCUGCUCACCUGAAAAGGAGGAGAAAGUUGCCUCCUUAGUGAGCUGCUCACGUAGCUGAACGUUAAGGUUUGGUCAGUUGGGGUGAGGAGCUGGCUGCGUUCUGCCGGCAAACAAACGCAAGACUCUGGCCUCUGUUGCCUUGAGGUCAUUUAACCUCUGAAGGCUUCGGUUUCCUCUGUAAAAUCAGAAGAUGCCUCUCCCCUCGCAAAGGUUACGUCUGUGUCAAGAAUAAUUAUUGGUUGUAUUGCACGUUUUUUUCUGAAGUAAAUCUCUGUAGAUCAGAACGGCCAGAUGGCACGUACAACUCUCAAUUAUGGAAAAUAUCCUCAGGAGGUACUUCGAGGUCAUCUAAUCCAUGCCUCUGCCUAAAGGCGGGAUCAGCUAUGCUUUGUGCCAUUCCUGACAGCUUCGUCCAUCCUGCUCUUAAAGAUGUGCAGUGGAGACUCCGCACGUUCCUGGUGUGCAGGAAACACCCCACGGCCAGCUUAAACCUCCUUUGCUCUAAUGCCUCCCUCAUCCUAACAACAGAGGGCAACUCACAGAGGAUCGGCCAAGACAACCUUAGAACUGGAAUUAGCCUGGAUACCUGCUAAACAUGAAAUAACAAGUGAAGAAGUUGAAUGCUUGCUUCAGCUGAAGAGAAGAUUUCCUAAGUCCUGGGGGGAAAAGGGGAAAAAGAGAACCAGAGGAAGUUGCCGGUAGGUAUGUAAAUGACAGGAAACCAUGACUAGCAGCGUGAUUGUCAACAGGAAACAAAAAUUCAGAGCCUAUGUGACAGUGCCAUACAGCGCGCUUACUGGGCUGUGUUGUCUGCUGGACUCUGUGGCCCGGGGAGCCGUGUUCGUCUGCGUGAGCUGUUCUUCUGUGGCCCUGCCGGCUGGAGAAAGGUGAAUUUGGUGAAUUAUUCUGCGUCUGGUUAGUCCACUUUGCUGGAGGUGGCAAGGCCUGUUUUUUCUCUUUACACCUGUUGCUGUAAAGAUCUCGAACAGCCAUGGGGAGAAAAGGGUGUGCGUGAACCACCCUCGCAAGCCGGCAGCCGAGUGAGCGCUCUUCGGGCCCCAGGCAGCUUUGAGGCGUCUUGGCUGUUCAGUGCUCUGCAGAUAUGAACGCUGAGCUUUUCUGGCACGUUCUCACGUUGGCCUGGUCGCUCUCACCAUGCUAGUACAUGGGAAAGAAGACUUUCUCUCAGAUGUAGCUUACAUCAUCCUGGAACUGGUCAUUGCCGUGCUGGCCAUCUUGGGGAACAUCCUCGUCUGCUGGGCGGUCUAUUUGAAUAGCAACCUGCAGAACGUCACCAACUAUUUUGUGGUAUCCCUGGCUGCGGCUGACAUUGCGGUGGGCGUGCUGGCAAUCCCCUUUGCCAUCACCAUCAGCACCGGCUUCUGUGCCUUCUUCUAUGGCUGCCUUUUCAUUGCCUGCUUCGUCCUGGUCCUGACCCAGAGUUCGAUCUUCAGCCUCCUGGCGAUUGCCAUCGACCGAAUCAUUGCGAUCCGCAUUCCCCUCAGGUACAAUGGCUUGGUGACUGGCUCUCGAGCCAAAGGUAUCAUUGCAAUCUGCUGGGUAUUAUCUUUCAUCAUCGGCCUGACACCAAUGCUUGGGUGGCACAAACGCUCGCAGAUUGAAGAGCAGGGUGCCAAUAAGUCCUCUCCCAUCAACUGCAGCAACAGUAUGGUGGCGUGUCUCUUCGAGGCUGUGGUCACCAUGGAAUACAUGGUCUACUACAAUUUCUUUGCCUGUGUGUUGUUGCCUCUCCUCCUUAUGUUUGGUAUCUACUUGAAAAUCUUCAUGGCAGCCCGACGACAGCUCAAGCAGAUGGAGAACAAGAUGGUACAUGGGGAACGCUCACGCUCCACUCUGCAGAAGGAAGUCCAUGCGGCCAAGUCUUUAGCCAUCAUUGUUGGGUUGUUUGCAAUCUGCUGGCUUCCACUACAUAUUAUUAACUGUUUCACCCUUUUUUGCCCAAACUGUGCCCGUGCUCCCCUCUGGCUGAUGUAUCUGGCCAUCAUCCUGUCUCAUGCCAACUCGGUUGUAAAUCCUCUCAUUUAUGCCUACCGGAUCAGGGAGUUCCGUCACACCUUCCGUAAAAUCAUCAGCCAGCAUAUCCUGGGCCGGAAGGAGCAGUUCAAGGCAGGAACAGCCAGCUCUAGGACUUCCACGCACGGUGGGGAUGGGGAGAACGCUAGCAUACGAAUCGGUGAGUAUGCGUUAGAGGUGUACACCAAUGGAGAGAUCCACAGGGAUCCUGAAAAGCAGGACUUGAACAAAUGCAAGGCAGGCUCGGAAUGGCACCAGAAUGGAAAUGCUCUGGACAUGGAGGCAAAUGGGCAUCUCCCACAUUCCUGCAAAAAUGGGAUUCUCUCAGAUGCAUGCGUGAACAGGGAGCUUCAUAGCGAAGAGCUAAUUGAUGCCCGUGUCUCUUACUCGGAUCUAGAAAGCACAGCUUUUGCAGCACCUGAUGUUUCCUGAUGACUCUUUCAAAGUCUUCCUGGUAGAGUUACUUUUUUUUCCGUUGGUGGCCUCUGCUGUGGCAGAAAGGGAGGUUGGGGGUCGGGGGGAGAGGUUUGUAUUAAGAUUGCUGUGGAGAAAGGUGUCCCUACCCAGGACCGUUGGGAAGAUCCUAAAUACUAGACUGGAGAAAAGCCAAGAGACCAUUGAAAUGGACUAAAGGAGGAAGGGACACAUUGCCCAUCAAAGACCUGUCACCACGAGCGGUGCCGAGGUCGGAGAUGGCAUUCCAAGUUCAGCACUGGGAGAACUCCAUCGAUGCAGGGUGUGUUGUGACAUUAUGCUGUACCGUGUGUCCAUGGUUGUACGUCGGUUUUGCUGUCACUACCGAGAGAAAUAAAAGCAUGGCUGGAAGUAUUCACUUAAUUGCAAAGAGCAGCAGGGAGGGGCCUUUUAGUACUUUGGCCCUGCAACAAGCUGAAGGGGGAUAGCAACAUCUUUUGGGCAGGGAGGAUGCCAACGGCUUUUCAGAGAAGGAAGGAAUUUACCUGAUGGGAACUUUGAAUACCUUCAACCAUGGCAUUUUGUUUUCGGUUUGUGUUUUUGAACUUAUACCGUAACAGGUUCCUCAGAUGUUUUUUCCUGUCUUGAUUAGAUUACUUUAAGUUAUAAAAGCUGGGCGAGAGCUCAUAUCCAUUCCCUGAGUGCUCAAUGUUCCAGAUGCACAAGACAAAUAUAACCUCGUAGCCCUCCACUUCAUCUAGCAAAUAAUGAAAACGGAGACUCAAGCGUGGAGGUCCCUUAGCUGGAAGGCUGUUAGCAGGGCUUGGUGCUGCAGGCUGUAGAGGAGCAGGCCAGGUUCUGGGCUGUUGCCGGAGGUGAUCCAGCAGUGCCCUGAGGUGCUGUGCAGAGCCAGCAGCCGUGCGAAGUGUCUGCAGACUUGUGGGCACCGACGGGUUCUGCUUUUUUCCUCUCUCUCUGGCUUGUCCUCCUGUGCACCUAGAAAGCUAAUUCUUUCCGUGGCCCUAAGUGCAUGUGAGCCGUGGUCAUCUUCCGUAUUUUAGUCAUGUUCAUCCUCACCCAAAAAGCUGUGGGUUUUAUUUUUUCUUUUUUUCUCUAGGGAGUGGGGAGAACGCGCACACAUACCCAGUGCUUCCUUUUGGAAUUCCAGUGAGCUGUUUGAGGAACACCUUUUCUCUGUGAUUUCACUUGAUUCCUGAUGUGCUUUACUGUGGAGCCCCAUGUGUCCCUGCGGUGCAGAGGCCUUCUGAAGUCCAGCAGAAGAUGGUCCUACUUUGGGGAGCUGGAAGGCAUCAGUACUAGUGGCAGUCUCCUUAGAAACCAUAUUGGUCUGUCCGUGUAAGAGAGAUCUGCAGAUCUGUCCUGCAGUAAGGGUAUGCACUGAUGUGGUUUGUUGUAGAGAUGUUUUACAGCAGUUUGGAUGAUAUUUUGCUCUGUCAUUUAUGAAGCCUGGUAGCUCAGGGACAGCAGAGAGCCACACUAACUUGUAUUCUACCUUGAGACUGUUCAGUCUUUGUUUUCUAGACAAAUAUUCCAGUAUGAUGUCCAACACUACCACCCUUCUGGGACUGGAGACAGGCAGUGGAAAGCUCAAAGUCUGGUAGUUACAGAGAUCUGGAGAUUCUUCCCUAGCUUAAAAAGUCAGAGGUAUCAGCCCUCAACCCUGAGUCUUCCGGGUGUCUGUCCACUGAACAUUUCAGAACUCAAAUCAGAGUCAUUUUCAGAAAGGAGAAGGGAACUGGGUUUUAAUAUUUCAGAAAUAGCAGAAGAUUAGGUUUGUGUGUUCUCCUUCCACAUUUAUUUUAAAUAUUGCAAACUAUUAAAAUGAAAAGAAUUUGAUUUUUGCCAGUCUCCCUGGAUGAAGGUGGGAAGUGGUUUAUAACUGCUGAGCGUAUUUAAGUAUGAAACAGCCCCAAGCUAGCACAGAGCUUAUUUUGAGACGGAUAAAAAGAUGUGGUCACCACCACAAUCUUUAGCAGAAAGACAGGCAACAACGUAAGAACACAGAACAAUAGACUUGACAGUUUAACUGAGUUGCUGCUUUCUUGGCGUGACACACAGUCUGACGUCAGAGGAGCGCUUUGUCGCUCCAGCACCAUUAACGCACACUCAGCCAUUUCCUUAUAACUGACGUCGUAGGCAGUUCCUCUGUAGGGUGACUUGGGAUCUUGUUGCUCUUGAUCUUUCUUGAUGCAAUAUUUCUGUUUGUUGUUUGAGGGAUCUCGCCUCUGACCUCCUGUAACAGCAGCAGAUUUCAGCCAGGAAAAUGGGGGUCUGAUCUCAUCGGGCCUCGGUUGGAAGCCGAAAUGUUUCUAAGAAUAACACAAGAUUACAUCCGGUAUUCAUGUCAAUAACAAUUAGGUCCACAAAGAAGCAGAGCAGGGAAGGAAGUGUGGGAAAAUAGCAGCAUCGCUCGUGUGCUGGAACACACACAAGUGCAGAAGUGUCUCUUAUUGAGCUUUAGUUGCCAUUGUAAAAGGAUGUUUUAUGUUACGUUGCAUCAGACUUUCAACAGCUGAUGCGGGUUUGUUGCUUUCUAUUGUUUCCUGAGCUUCUUCACACUCAAUUGUGGCAGCUUCUUGCUUGGUUGCUACAAGAAUAGAAUUGAUCUGUGUUGGUAUGACAAACUUGGGGUAAUUCCUCUGGAAAAACAUUUCUACCCAACUGGAUUGCCAUACAAAAUUUUUGAGUUCCCAGAGGUCUUGAAAUUAGUUUUUCUGUGGCUGUUUGAAGUGCCCUCAAGUCUGUCCAGUCCCUUUCAAUAUGAGUGAUCCAGAUUUGAAAUGAAAAGGAUGUGCGAAGGGCCCGUGGGAUGUGUGUAGGAGGGAGUGUAGUGGGUGUAAGUGGGUUUAUAUGGAAUUAGAAGUCUGUAGUCACGGGAAGGAAGGGACGGCCAACUGCCCCAUGUGCUGCAUGCCUUCUGGCAAACUUAUGUCUGAGAUGGACCUUCAGAAAGUGUUUCCAAAGUGAUCGUUGGGGGGAGCAUGAGCUUUUUGGGCAGAAUUUUGGACUUCUUAUAACCUGUUUUCUAGGGAUCAUGAUUUUGAGACUUCAUUCCUUUUUUGAAAAAGAAACUUUAGGGUCCUAUGAAUGAAGUGUUUGCUUCCCUUCUCCUCCUCUUAGCGCUCUCCGCUCUUGAGAAAAAUACCUGUCUUCCAAACUACAUAGGACAGGGAUCAUUAAAAAAGUGAAAAUUAAAUAAUUUUCCCUAAUCUCCCCACUCAUAUCCCAAUUUUUCUUCCAGCUAGAGAAUGUUUAGUUGAUGAAAUAUAGCUGUUCUGGAUAAACAAAGAUGGUAGCAAGGCAAAGGUAAAAAUGAGGUGACCAUCAGGAGAGGCUGGAUGAGACCUCUUUGGGAACCAAAGUAGAGUGGGUCCAGAGAGUAAGAGCUGGUAAGAAGAAACUAAUUUCAUUGAACUGGAACAUCUUAUUAAAAAUGGUUCGAAACCCACUGAGAGAUGUGGUGCCUCAUUUUGAGUGAGGGAAUUCCAGGAAUUUCACCAUUCCCUGGAGACUUGUAUGCUCCAGGUUUUAUUUGCUUUAUAGGGUUUUGGAGAAAGUAAAGUUCUGAUCAGUUGCCAGGAUUAAUUUUAUCAAGUGUUCUUCUUAGGGCCCUCUCCUCAAUAGGGCACUAUGUGCAAAUAAAUGCACUUCAGCUUUGUCUUGCAGAGUUUCUUUUAGAUCAGUAUUUCAAAGCUGUGUGCAGGACUGAACUGUAGCUCUUGCUCAGAGCUAACUGAGAGGAGAAGGAGAUGUGGUAAGGCUGACAUUGGUUUGAUGGAGGAUGCUAGCAAAUUGGCACGGUGGGACAGUUGGGGGUUACUGUAGACAGAAGGGGUUGGCCGCUGAUUCCAGCUGGUGAUAGCAAACUUCUGGUGCAGAUGGACUUGGGAGUUAUAUGGAGUAUUUUGAACCUUUUGAUCAUUCUUUGAAAAGAGGCUCUGGGGGAUACUGGAGGAUGUAAGAAAGUCUCUGAGGUGUGGGAGCAGGCUGGAGUGCUAGGGUUAGAUGGCAAAUUUCAGCAGGGAAGGAGGAUUUGUAGGGUAGGUAUUUGGGAGGGUUUCAGGAGAGCAGGAAUGUGCUGGGGAGAUUUGGGGAUUGCACAGAUGGUCUCGGGGGCUGGCAUGAAACUGAUGUGUGACUCGCUGAGAAGGGACUCUGGAAGAGAAGUACGUGGAGUGUCGUGGCUUUUCUAGGGUCACUGCCUAGAGGAAACCUUGCCCUGGUGUGUGCAGAAGGUUGGCUUCGUCUGGCCUGUAUGUGACUGAGCAAGAGAGGAUUCCUCUCAAUUAUCUCCUUGCCAGGUGCUUUGUCUCAUUUCGUGAGCAUAUCCAGGUGUAGCAAAAGCCCUUCUGCUUCAUGAACAUGAGUCCUCUCUAAAAAAUAAACCAGUCCAGGCGUAUUUUGUGGGAAGGAUCAACUUGCUGUAAUAGUGGUGUGAUGGAUUAAAACUGGAGACCCUCUAGCGGUGUUUUGUUAAGUUUAGCUGCCUAAUAGUCAGCUUUCUCCCCACUUUCGUUUUGGGCGUCAAACUGCACUGAGUCACACCAGGGAGCUUUUUCUGGCCCUGAACUUUUGUCCCUCUUUACAGUAAAACACAUCAAGAAUAACUAAAAUCAUACCAGUUCCUCAUUUGCGUGAGAAGUGAACUGAAUCGGACAGACUGAGAAUCCCCCAGUUGGGGUGACGUCCGUUCUGUAUAAUUCCCCGUCUUUUUGUUUGCUGGGAGUGGUCACACAAGGGUGUGUUGAAAUCAAGACUGGAGCCUGCUGAUCUGUGAACAUCUUUCGCUUUCCCGCUCCCCGUCUGAGGAGCUGGUGUUCCUUCCCUCUGCGCCGUGGAGUGGUUGUCUCUCAGCCGUCUGUGAGCCAAGACACUAUGAACACCCUGCUGUACAUGCUGUCACUAUAAAACACUUAUUAAUUUAAAUGUUUUAUGAAAAUAGUUGUUGUUUCCCUCUGUCAGUUACCAGUGGGAGGGGUGGGAAGGGGGGCGGGAGAAUCUGUGCAUGCAAAUGUAUUUAAAGUGCGUUGACCAAAGUUUUUUUUUGUUUUUGUUUUUUGUUUUUUGUUUUUUUUUGAAUCUGUGAAGUUUUCAUAGCUGUGAAGUCAUCAGACUGCUGGGCAGUGAGGAGCCGCUGGUGCUGCUGAGUCUGUCUUGGUUACAUUUCUUAAUAAGCAUUAAAAUAAUAAAAUAUAUUUAUAAAAGA